AUGCCAGUAUUAGCUGUCAAUGUGACUGAAGAAGAUGACAUUGUCAAGACUAUUGCCUUUGCAAAGAGCAAAAAUCUCAGGCUCGUCAUCAAGUCGACUGGACAUGAUAUUCUUAAAAGAUCAACCGGAUACGGUAGCCUAUCCAUCUGGCUCUACAACUUCAGGAAGGGCGUUGAGUAUCACGACUCUUACUCAACCGUCAACACCUGCGCGACGACCAACUGGACUGGAAGCGCCUUCACCAUCAAAGGAGCUUAUGCAUGGUCCGAUGUCUAUCCGCUUGCCGACGAAAAGGGGCUGAUACUAGUUGGCGGAAAUAACAAGGGCCCCUGCAGUACUGGUGGCUGGACACAAGGUGGCGGUCACAGUGGUGUAGGCCGCUACUUCGGCAUGGGCGCUGACCAAGUCCUUUCGGCGCGUGUCGUUCUCGCUUCAGGAGAAAUUGUUACUGCAAGUCCUUGCUCCCAUCCGGAUCUCUUUACUGCUCUCCGAGGAGGCGGUCCAGGAACCUACGGCGUCGUCACUGAGAUGACUUUCAAGGCCUUUUCUACGCAGAACGUGACCGUCACCUACAUCGAGGUUGGCUCACCGACGCACAAUACCUCGACUUUCCUCGAUGUUAUGGAGCAGUUCUACUCCUCCUAUCCAUAUCUGUCCGACAUCGGCUUUGCUGGGUACGGCACGUGGUCCAUUGGCGCGCCCGCGGCGCUUUUCGGAAAUCACACUACGGCUUAUACACAUUCCUUGACUCUCCUCGGAAGUACCGAGGCCCAGGCAGUGGAAAAGUUCGCGCCAGUGUUGGACAAAAUUGUUGGAUUCAACGGGUCGGAGAUCUUCAUCAACAUUACACACAAGGAGUACCCCGAUUGGGGUAGCUACUUCAACGAGAAGGCCGAUACAAUCGCACCCGUUGGCAACGUUGGCGUUUCAGCUUCGCGCCUCAUAGAUGGGGCCGCUCUCACCGGAAACAGCACCUUGCUUCGAGAGAGUCUCGAGGUCAUGGCUGGCGCUCCGGAAGAGCAGACAUAUCAUAGCGUCGGUCUCCACGGCGGCGAGAUCUUCGCGCAUGCCGAUGACCCCUACUCAUCGCUCUUGCCGGCAUGGAGGAAGUCUUAUAUUCUUGAUAUUGUUGCCCGGAGGUGGACCGGGGACAAGGCACAUGAUGAUGAAGUGGCGCACGAUAUUAGACAAGUCAAGGUUCCGGCUAUGCAGAGGCUUGCACCGGAUACUGGAAGCUACAUGAAUGAGGCAGACUAUGGGAACGUCGAUUGGAAGGUGGACUUUUAUGGUGCGAACUACGAGAGACUAAGCAAGAUCAAAGAGAGGUACGACCCGGACGACACUUUCUACUGUCUGACUUGUGUUGGCAGCGAGAAGUGGGAGGAGGAUGCAGAUGGCUCUCUUUGUAAAGUGUAG